UACGCGCGAUAGCCGUGCCGCCAACACAACUACCCUGCAUCCACCUACCGGCACGGUUGCUGCGAGCCUACACUUCGAAGAUGGCAGCGCUCACGAGUUGUGCUCGGAGCACUUUGAACAAAUGCUUUCAAAUUAGGCUAGGAUCUGUCGCGAAGGUUGUACAGUCAUCCCGAGGUGCAAGUAAAAAGCCAAGGAAAUCGAUAGGAGUGCUGCGGGACCAUCACUGGAGGGUCGCAGCUGGUCUUCCAAGGCGCUGGAAUGAAACUCCUGCAUUUUGUGAUGCGCCAGACUGGACAUUCAAUGAUGGAAGGCCAACUCCAUUGAUUGGGCUCCCGAAGAAGCGAUAUCUUCAGCAGUUGGAGUACUGUACAACCAUCGUGAAGUAUUUAAAAGAAAUCAAUGAAGCUCGGGAGACAACUGCACAUAUGGCUCAGGAAAACGAAGAAAUCAAACAGCGUGUUGCGUCUGGAAAGUUCAAAGAGAAAGGCAUAUUAGAACUGAAGAUACAUCAGCCCAGUGAAGCAAAGAAAACUGCGGAAACUUAGGCUGUUGUAGGCGAAAAGUAGAUAUUGUAUUUCUCUACACGUGCUUCGUGUAGCAUUAAAGUGGAAUUUGUUGAUUUUAUGUACUGUUAAUUUAUUGUGCUUUGAGUGGCACAUUACUUACAAUAACUGUUUCAUGUUCAAGUAGAUUAUCGUGUACCCUAUACAUCUCUGUAUAGUAUAUUUCUUUUUGUUUUCUGGAAAUGUUAAUAAGUGUCACAGUACAAAGAACACGGAUGAUGACUCAGUGUCUGUGACAUUCUGUUGCCAAUCACGAGAUGUCAGGAUAAAUCUGUUAUUGCUACAGCUGCUCUCCAAUGAAAGUGGAAUUGAAUUGCAUUUAUUUUGCUUAUUGCAUUAAAGAUAACCAUCUAUAAAAAAUUCAGUCCACCCCCAGCAUUUCUUCUAGCCACCCCCUCAUCCCUUUCUGCACGAAGUGCACUUUUAAAAUGUGCAUGUUUUUCAUAACUCCUGAUGUAACUGAUUUUGUAACUGUUUGGGCUAAACUAAAAUGUAUCAGCUGAGUGAGUGUUGGCACAGGAUGUGCAAGGUGUGUACGAUGUUUUGUUGUCAGGUGCAACAUUACAGAAGCUAGCGAGACUUCUUGAGAUGCAUGCGUUCGUGCCGAGGAAUAGUUCAAUGAUUUUUGCUCCCGUAAUGUGAUAUUUCUUUUUGGUUUUAAAUGAAGAUGCCUUGUUCCUUAGGAAUGAACUAGCCCCAUUAUUUGUACGGUUCUCAAUAGGUUGUUCUGGAUUGCUCAGUGUGUCUUUAUUUUGUUAUCAUGUCUUCCCAUUUAAUUACUGUACCAUGCAGCCUGAGCCAAUUGUGGUGGCCACGUUGAAAAUGAUGAAAUUCAAGCAUGAGAUGUGUGGAAUUCCUGUCCGAACUACUUGUGUAGCUUCCACAGCAUUGUACUUUAUGUAUGGAAUGGGAGUAUAGAUUCAUUGCUAUGAAAACCUUGGCUGUGAAAACAAAUGUCACUUUUGUUUCCUAUGUUAGUUGAAUGGAAAGAGGAUAUACAAACUGUGUAACAUGAAACCAUUGUCUUGUACUAUACUGGAGAAUCAGGAUUUCAUCAUUAAAAAGUGAUAAAAGUAGUGUUCAA